AUGAGCGCGGGGGGCGUGCUGGUGGAGCACCAUUCGUGCGACUUAUUCCCCGAGCGCUGGUUCGACCUCGUGGUCGUGCUGCAGACUGACAACUCGCUGCUCUACGACCGCCUAAGCGCCAGGGGGUAUUCAGGAAAGAAGCUACAGAGCAACAUGGAGUGCGAGAUCAUGCAAGUGCUGCUGGAGGAGGCCAGGGAAAGCUACAAAGAGUCUAUAGUGCACCCCAUGCAGAGUGAUUCGCUAGAAGAUAUGGAGAGGAAUGUUGCAACAAUAAAACAGAUGGUGGCACAGUUGGAAGAGGCCGCUUCAGAGAUUAACAAAGCGCAUGUUUCAUUAGCUUCCCUUAACUCGUUCAUGGUUCCCUCUGUUUUCUCCCUUCGCUUUGUUUCCCUCACGUUUCCUCUGCGUGCAGGCGCUCAUCCCGGUGCGUUCGCCUCGUAUCGUAGCCACAGCUACUGGCCAGCAGUCCCAGGCCAGCAGCGAGAAUCAUGGUUGCGGGAAGUAUCUGAGACUACAGCCUGGGGAGAGGAGCACACGAGAAUGGAGGGCGAGCAGAAGGGCGUUGCGAGUUGCAGCGGUGAAAUGGCGAAUGGGUUGUUAGGGCACGGACUAGCAGUAGAGGGGGAAGUGGAUACGAUUAGGAGGCUAGAGACAGUAGAAGCGGUAAAGAAGGCACCUGGAUUGCCGCAGAAGCUACCUCCGUUGCUUCAAAGGUCACCUGAUGAGGAGGAGGAGCGGACGGUAAUGGAAGGGGGCGCGCACGGCGAUGGUGGCGCAAAGGAGGAAGCGAGAGAGCAGGGCAGAGGGGAGGGGAGAGAGGAGGGGAGAGGGGGGGAGCAGGGGGGGCAGGGGGGGCAGGGGGAGCAGUUGGAGCAGGGGGAGCAGGCGGUGGGGAUGGAGAUUGAUGUGGUUGAGGCGGUGGUGCGAGGGGCCACGGGUAACAUUGCCGUGAUUGUACACAACGACUCCAGUAGCGCAGAUGUGCACGCACGUGGCAGUGGUGCUUUUGAGUCGACUCAGCCGACGGGUAACAUUGAUGUGAUUGUACGGAACGACUCCUGUAGCGCGGAUGUGCUUGUAGGUGGUGCUCCCACGAGCACAGGCUUGGGAGUGGCUGGUGGUGGUGGUGGUGACGGAAGUGGGAGUGAGGGGGAGGGGAGGAAGGCAGGGAGUGGGUCGGAGAGUGCAUUGGGAGGCAGGAGGCGGAGCAUGCGUGCUAGUGCUGUGCUCGCUAUGGCCAGGAUUUCCGGGAGUCACUCUGCUAGUCACGCUAGAGCCGGAUCCAAGUCUGCAGCGAGGUCAGGCGGAGGAGCAUCAGGAGGGGCAGGCGAACCAGAGUAUGGCAAGGGCACGUUCCCCUGGGCUGUGAUGGACCAGUGGUACUGGGAGUGGGGACUCUAUGGCUGGGAUGAUUGCACCCAAGGGGGUGCUACAGCGGGUGCUGCUGCUGCUGGCGCUGCUGGUGGUGCAUGUGGGGGGAGCAUUCUGAGUGGGAAGAAGGGGAUAGGGAUUGGCACUGGGGGGAGACGGGGAGCGGGAGGAGGGACCGGGGGUGGUGCGAGUGGGGGAAGAAGUAAAGGGGUGGCGAAUGGGGAGGCGAAGAGUAAGGGAGCGGGGGAUGUGGCGUGUAGGACCGGCGAGGGGAUGGACGUAGAUGGGGUGGUUCGGGCGGAAGGGAGUGCGGUUACCGGGGGUACUGCAGUUAUUGGGGGUACUGCGGUUACUGGGGGUACUGCGGUUACUGGGGGUAUUGCGGUUACUGGGGGUAUUGCGGUUACUGGGAAAAGAGCAGGGCGAGGAGACGCAGAUGGAACAGCAGACGAUGCAGAAGGAACAGCAGAAGAUGCAGCAGCAGCAGCAGCAGCAGCAGCAGCAGCAGCAGCAGCAGCAGCAGCAGCAGCAGCAGCAGCAGCAGCAGCAGCAGCAGCAGCAGCAGCAGUUGCAGCAGCAGCAGCAGCAGCAGCAGCAAGAGGCGGCAGCACUAGAGCCAAAGUACAUCUUGCGGGGAUCGGCCCGCCGCCCCCCUGCUCCGUGUGCAAGGCAGCGGAGGACGCCACGUGCCUGCUGUGUGACGCCUGCGAUGCGUGCUUCCACCUGCGCUGCCUCAACCCCCCCGCCGAAGAGCCCCCUGCAGGGGACGAGUGGCUGUGCGAGGCGUGCGCGGAGGAGCAGUGGGAGCGGGGGAACGCUGUUGUGUUUGAGGACGAGGAGCUGUGGGCGAGACGGCACAUGGUGGGGUUGGAUGCGGUGGGGAGGGGCCCGGGGGGCAGGGGGCAGUGGUUGCUUCGCGGCGAGUGGCUGGCAGCGCAGGGGCACAUCCGCGUGGGGCCCAUGUUCCAGGCCGUGGUGGGCGACUGGCACGGCGCUGAGGAGACAAUGGAGAGGGAUGGGCAACGCGCGGAUGAGGAAGGGCUCGAGCGGGCUGUGUUUGGGCAGGAGCGGGCGUUGAGCGAGGAGGAGAAGGAGGCGGAACUAGAAGCCAUGAAGCAGCGCGUGGCAGAGGGCAAGUGGCCCAUGGACUGGCAGCCCGUGCGCAACCUGCCAGUGGCAGCGGAGGAGCGGUGGGAGCAGUGCGAGGGGAUUCUCUACUACGAGGGCGACGUGCGCGCGGACGGCAAGAUUGCCCGCAGGGAUGUGGAGUGCGGCAAGUGGCGCAGGGUGCCGAGUGGGUUUGAGGUGGAGGACAAGUUUGAGUGCUCCUGUGCGCUCACCUUCGACCCGCAUCAUGCAGACUGCAUGGUGCCACAGGAGCUACCAAAGAGGGACUUGGAGAGGCGCCUCAAGGUGAUCUCGGACCUCAAAUUGCAGAAGCAGCAGCAGGGGGCGGAGAUGGGCGAGUGGAAGGAGCGAAUGGGCGAGCUGAGGGCGUUCAGGGCACAGCACGGCCACUGCCACGUGGCCCCCAGGAGCCCCCUGGGCGUGUGGCUGCAGAAGCAGCGCAUGCUGCUGCGCCGCAACCGACUCUCAGCCCUGCAGCGGGAGGAGCUGCAGCAGCUGAACGUGACGAUCAACCUGGAGGAUGCGCGGUGGGAGGAGAACUUUGCGGCUCUCGUGGACUUCAAGCGCGACUACGGCCACCUCAACGUCUCCCACGCACCACUCGCGCACUCCAACACCGCCCCACCUCCCACCGCCGCUUCUGCUUCUGCUAGUGCCGCUGCUGCUGGUGAUGGUGUCAGUGCUGGAGCAGGGGCAGGGGAAGGGGGAGGAGGAGGGGGGGCAGCAGGCGGAGCUGCUACUGCUGCUGGUGGUGGUGGUAUCAGUGGCGGUGUCGUUAGCAGCAGCGGUGGGCAGCAGCAGGGAGGGGGGAGGCUGAGGCGGGCGCAGGACUUGGCGCGGCUGAGCCAGUGGGUGAAGGCGCAGAAGGCCAUGGCACAGCAGCCAUUCAAGGGGAAGAAGGCACUGCAGCGCAUCUGCAGGCUGCUGGAGAUUGGAUUCGUUUUUUCGGAGGGCGAUUCCUCCUCGUAA